AUGGCGUGUGCAGAGUCGAUCAGUGACUAUGAAGAUUCCGUGUUCAAUCCCGAGGCCCUUAGGGUCGAAGUAGACACGUUCAUGGAGGCCUACGACAAGAUGAUAGUUGAGGAGGAGACCAAGGCCAAGGAGGAGGAAGGAGUCCCUGAUGAGGAGGGCUGGGUGAAGGUGACGCGCAGGGGCCGCAGGCCUGUGCUCCCUCGAACAGAAGCUGCCAGCCUGCGAGUUCUGGAGAGGGAGAAAAGGAAACGUGCCCGCAAGGAGCUGCUCAACUUCUAUGCCUGGCAGCACCGAGAGACCAAGAUGGAGCAUCUGGCACAGCUGCGCAAGAAGUUUGAGGAGGACAAGCAGAGGAUCGAACUGAUGCGUGCCCAACGGAAAUUCCGACCCUACUGAGCUGUUCUGGUCCCUGGAGAGCAGGCUUUGAACACAAGGACCAGCAGGACUGCUCCCUCACGGACUGUGCUUUGGGAAGCAGACACCAGGCCAAGAAGCUGCUGCUGUGUCCCCAGCUCCAUCUCUGCACCUACAGGCUGGCAGUGCAAGGCACGGGAGGAUGUGGUAAAGAGAGCUGCUCCUUCCUCCUAAGCCUGUAGAGACACCUGGGAAACCUGACUGACCUGCUCCCGCCCUUUGCCCUCUGUGCAGCCCCUGCCCGCAACAGAGCCAUCUGCAAUGCAGUUAA